AAUAAAGGAACAGAGAGACAAUAAAAAGUAACGAAAUUUAGAGGUGAAAGAACCAAAGAUUUGGAAUUUUUCUUUGUUGUAGUAUAAUUUUUCCACGAAUCGGAGUAUCUCACACGGUCUUGGAAUUUUCCAGCUUAAUUUUCCUAGAUUAAAAAUCGUAAUGUUGUUAUUGGAUUGAAUUUCACUGUCUCUUCAUGUCGUCUAUAUAACUUUUACUCGGAAACAGAAGUGUCCCGUGUUCUUGAGCACGAAGUACUAGCAUAUAACAAAGCCAAUAAAAAAAGCUUCAUUGCCUCGAGAUUAUACAGCAUCAAGGCAACAACAACAAAAAAGCCAGGUUUCUUCAUCUUUUUAAUCUACCAUCCUUCAGGAAAUCGGUAAUGUAACUUUUUAGGGGGUUUUAGAGUUGCUUAAUCUAGCUGCUGAGAUGUCUGAUUGAUGAUGAAUCUCGAUCCAAGAGGUUUUUAUGGAGAGGUUUUUGUGUUUGGAACGAGCCUAAACUCAAGAUUGUUGCGGAUUCCUGAAAGAUUCAGGCUUUUAGCUCCAAGUUUCCAAAAGGGCUGUGAAUCAGCUCACAUAUCAGAUUCUGUAGUUUGCUAAACCGGGGAUUUGAUUCGGCAAGAAACCGAUUUUCUUUAAGAAGUUUGUUUCUUCUUGUCUCAUGAUCACUAGCUUUCAGCAAUGGGAUAUGUAAACGUGGAGAAGAGAUGGGUUUUUCCUCUUGUCAUCACAUCUCUUGUCUGCGUUUUUCUCCUUGCAACGUCUUUCAAUAUGGGCCUAGUCUCUUCGCUCCGAACAAUCAACGGGAUUUUCUCCAUCAUCCCUUCCCGUCUCGUCAAGAACCAAACAAGACUUGAUUUUGCAGAGUCUAAAGUUGCUAGACAAACCCGUGUUUCGCCUCAUGAAGACAAGCUUCCCCAUUUUGCAUACCUUGUUUCCGGGUCUAAAGGGGAUGUAGAAAAGCUUUGGAGAACACUUAGAGCAGUGUACCAUCCCAGGAACCAGUAUGUUGUUCACUUGGAUCUUGAAUCACCGGUGGAUGAGAGAUUAGAGCUGGCUUCUCGGAUUAAUAACGAUCCUAUGUAUUCUGAAACCGGGAACGUAUAUAUGAUAACCAAGGCUAACCUUGUGACAUAUAAAGGACCAACUAUGGUGGCAAAUACUCUUCACGCUUGCGCGGUUCUUCUUAAGAGAAGCGCAAACUGGGAUUGGUUUAUUAACCUCAGUGCUUCAGAUUAUCCUCUAGUGACCCAAGAUGAUCUGCUUCAUACGUUUUCGACAUUGGACCGGAACCUAAACUUUAUCGAACACACAAGUCAGCUGGGUUGGAAAGAGGAGAAGCGAGCACAGCCAUUAAUGAUUGAUCCUGGACUCUACUUGUUGAACAAAUCAGAUAUUUACUGGGUCACACCUCGCCGAAGUUUGCCAACUGCCUUCAAGUUAUUCACUGGAUCAGCUUGGAUGGCUCUAUCACGCCCAUUUGUAGAGUAUUGCAUAUGGGGAUGGGACAAUUUACCACGAACCCUCCUAAUGUAUUACACCAACUUCGUUUCAUCACCCGAAGGUUACUUCCAGACAGUGAUUUGCAAUGUACCCGAGUUUGCAAAAACUGCCGUAAACCAUGACCUCCACUACAUUUCCUGGGACAAUCCGCCGCAGCAGCACCCACACGUGUUGUCACUCAACGACACAAUGCAGAUGAUAUCAAGUGGUGCUGCGUUUGCUAGGAAAUUCAGAAGAGACGACAGAGUACUUGAUCUUAUCGAUAAGGAAUUACUUAGACGGAGGAAUGGUAAAGAUAGUUUUACUCCUGGUGGAUGGUGCAGUGGGAAACCAAAAUGCUCCAAGGUCGGUGAUGUGGCUAAGAUUAAUCCUAGCGUUGGAGCUCAGAGGCUUCAGGGACUUGUGAACAGGUUAGUCAACGAAGCUAUUACAGGAGUUAGUCAGUGUAAAUAGAUCGAAUUCGAAGAAAAAAAGGAAUCAUUUUGGGGCUUUGAAUCGAAUUCAUGGAGAGACUGUACUUACUCCUUAUGAUAUAUAUAAAUAUACAACAUAUAGAGGAUCUUGCAGUUGCAGGCUUUAGAAAAACUAUUAGACUUUGUUUUCAUUGAGUAGAGAUGCCUUGUAUGCCACGACCUACUGGGAUUAAUUUUUUCUUGUUUGAAGUCAUCUCCUUCAAAUUUCAAAUCAAAUAAAAAUUAUAACCCUUUUUUU